UGGAAUCUCGGAACCGCUGAAAAGAAAAUCUGUCAUGUGGGCCGGAAUGACAUAAUAAGGCAAUAGUUUUGAGAGGGUAAUCUAAAUAGAGUUUAGUACUGGAAAAGGAAACGGAAGUGUCAAGAAAUACUUGCUUCUGCAGAGCCUGAUUUCUUCCAAAGCACAGACAUUGCAAACAGAUUUUCAUUGUUUUUGUAAAGAGGAAACUUUUUCAAAGUUUCAUCGCUUGUUUUGGGCCUAGGCUUUAUCCUAUACAUUGUAUCCAGGUUUGGACGACACCCCUUUCGUAUGGGAUUUGAAUGAAGCAGGGAAAGCUGAGCAAACAAUCGCAAAACACUGGUUUUAAAAAUCAGAAAAGAGGCCAAGAACUAUUAUGGUAUCAGAAAUAUCGGAUACAAUCUGACUAUACUAAACAAUGAUACAAACCUGAAAUUUACUUUGCAAGAUGAGAUAUUGGUACUGUCAGGUUGAUGUUGGAUGAGAAUUCAAAAAGGUUACUACUAAAAGUUUAGAUAUGGGUGCUGACACAGCAAGAGCAAUUUUGUACAGAUUUGCAUUACCGCUAACACUUCUUGCUGCUUGCAUCAUCAGAUACAAUGGCUUGUCCUUCAUUUACCUAUUGUGUCUACUGGUUGUACCCUUACUUCCAAGCCCAUCACGGCGAGCAGCAUGUGCUGUCAAACUGCAACAGGCCAUUCUUGGAUUGUCUGUGGUUGCUAUUGUGGCUCAUAUAGCUUUUCAGAUAACUCUGCUUGCAGAAGAAUCUGUUGCAAGAGAAAUAUCAAACUGUUCGUUAGCUGAAACUAUUUUAGGUCAGAUUGGAUUUUACAAAUUCCGUAGAACAGACACUGCAAAUAUCGUCCGCCUUCUUGCUCCAGACCUGCUCGUGUUCAUAAUAUCCCUGGCUUGUGUUAUCGGAUCAAGAAAAAUCCAUCUCCAUGUCAGAUCUUCACACAGUCGUUCGCAUCACGAUCGAGAUGGCUCGCCAGUUGAGGAUGUUUUGCCUGUUUUUGUCGCAUUGAUGUUGCUGCUUGGUGGAAUAGUCCAACCAAAUGUUAUAUCUUCAGUUUACUUUCUGAGCUUCCUGUUCUUAGGCACAUUUUGGGCAUGUCAUCGAUCCGUUCGCUUCAAGAAAAACAAAGCCUUAUUUUGCCUCAAAGUGUUUUUAACUGUAUACGCUGGGCUUCAUGUCGUAUUGCUGUAUUUGUAUCAGUUUGAGUUCUUUCAGGAAUUGCUACCAGCACCUACUCUUUUUGCGAGACUGUUCGGUCUCCCUGCAAUCGUAUUAUCCAAAUGCCGGUCCGGCAAUUACCUUAGUAUCAAUGAAAAUCUCAACUGGCCUGUUUAUGUUUUUCCUGUUGUUAUAUUUCUCGUGUACUGGAUUCUCGCCACCGAAGUCAGGUACAGAUGCAGUCGGCAAUACCACCAGUCACAAGUUGCAAGGAGUACGUUUCAGUGGUGGAACCCGUUGUCAUGGAAAGAAAAUCCGGUGGAACACGAGCAUCUGUUAGCAGAAGGCAGUCGUAAAUACGCAUACCGGACAUUUAGAGGGUCACCAAGCGUGCAACCGGAAUUACCGGCCGUGCAAACUGAGCAUCCGGUUGAACAGAUUAGCGUCCAAGGGACCUUUAGUAGCAUUGUCAUGUUCCUGAUGAGGCAGAAUUAUAUUGCUGCACUUAUUGUUAUGAUGGCUUGGAGUAUAACGUACCACUCUUGGCUAUCGUUUGUGUUGCUGUUAUGGGCCUGUGUGAUAUGGAUAACCCCCUUUGCUCGAUGGUUUUGCAUGGCAUCGUCACCGUACUUUGUCUUCUACGCGGAAUGUUUACUCGUUAUCCAAUAUAUUUAUGGUAUGAAUUUGGAAAAGGAUGAGCUGCCAAUUAGUCACGGAAAUUUGGACUAUUCGGAGCUUGGUCUGAAAAAAUUCGACUACCCUUGCCUUCAUCUUGGAGCCCAGACUCUUUUCACCUGGAUAUUUUGGAUAACUCUGAGACAGCAUGUGCGAGAAAGAAAACUGAGAAAGAGACAGGAUCGGCAGACAGGGGAACUCAUGCUUACGACGUUAGCACGGCCUAUUGUGCAGGCAUUUAAGAAAAGAGGAGCUGCAGCUGAAAGAAAGUACAAAGGAGUUGAAUCUGAUAUUGAAGACAUAGAUGCCGGGCCGCCAUCCGACGAUGCGAAGGAGUUUAUGCAAUGGAUUAGGAGCACGCUUGCCAAAUAUUGGAUCCUCCUUUGCUGCGCAGCCUUCUUGCUGGUUGCUUUGCAGAAAGACGUCUCGUUGUAUCAGAUAUUCUAUAUGGUGACUUUUCUCAUAGGCUUUAUUGUUUACCAGUUUUCAGUCAAAGUGUGGAAGAUAAUCCUGCGUCCGUUAUGGUGGUUUAUGGUUGUGUAUUCCAUAUUAAUUCUUCUUAUCGUGUACACAUACCAGUUCAAGAAUAUGCACACAUAUUGGAAAGAUGGAGCCGGCAUCAGUGAAGAUAUGCUACAUGACUUAGGCCUUCGGCAACAUGACAAAGCCAGCCUGCUUGUUGAACUCCUGAUCCCCACUCUGUUCUCCAUUGCCUUGGUCAUCCAGUUGCAUUUCUUUCACAAACCAUUGACUAUGAAGAUCAACCACUUGAUUAUUCUCCGUAAACAAGCAAAACAGCAUCAACUCACGGGCACUGCAGCCAAAGAGAUUGGCGAUGAGAGCGAAGGUUCUGCUGCUACGAAACAGCCACCAGAGGUUAUUGCUCCAGAAUCUUCAGCAGAGAGGACUGACAAUGCCGCGCAGGAAACAGAUUCUGUUGAUGGGGAAAUGACAGCCCUUCAUAAAUUACUCUGGUUUUACAAAAAUGCAUCGAAAGUUCUUUGGAGGGUGGCAGAGAUUCACGCUUCGAAGGCUCUCAGCUUUGUGAUCAUGCUUGUCGUUGUUCAGCAGGUUUCUGCCUUCAACGCUGUCCUAUUGCUCGUCUUAUGCAUGUCGAUGCCAUCACAAAAGCUGCUCCGGGUGAUGAAUUACUUCUUUGUCGUUUGGGCAUCUAUCAUCAUAUUUUCUCUCAUGUUUUAUCAACUGAGAUUUGUCAAUGAGGAUAUCCUGAAAUACAACUGUACUGCAGCUGGAGUGCCUAUGACGUCAGUAAUGGUCGGCCAUUUCUCCAGCAAUGCACGGUGGAUUGGACUCCACAAAAGUUCAAAGGUUUCUGUUGAAGUCAGGGGGUACCUAUUUAUCGUUCUUGCAAUCGUCUUUGCAAAGGUUAUCAAACAUCAUCAGGAAUUAUAUCGUUACAAGAAGGGCAUUCAGAUCAAUCCUGGCAUUCUUUUCAACGGUGUAACUAGGCCUAUGGCGGAUGAAAACAUUUCUAAUUGCAUCAAGUACAUGUGCAAUAAUUUCUUCGGCUGUUUUGGUUUUGAGAUCAAUCUCAUCGUGAUGGUGAUUUGCAUAGCCGUUCGUUGCGAUGCAUUCGCAGUCCUAGGGUCACUUUGGACUGCUAUCUUCCUGUUUGUAAGACGCAAGAACAGCGAGAGACUCUGGCCUAUCUACAUCGGCUAUUUGUGCAUUUUCAUUGCUAUUCAGUACCUCCUCAUCCUUGGAUGGCCACCUGGGCUUUGCUUAGAUUACCCAUGGAGCGGAAGACUAAGCCCAAAUCUCGUACAUUGGCUUUACCUCACUGACGUUUCAAGGCCGCAGAAUCAGUUUGUUUUACUUGCCGACUUUUUCCAACUCCUUGCGGCAUGCUGCCAAGAAAAUUGCUUUGCGGAAGAGAAAAAGCAGAAAGCUCAGAGCGCAACCCAAUCAACAGCUCUUGCGUGUCCCACGAGACAAAAGACGACGAAAUCAGGCUUUAUCCUGCAUUCAGCGAAAAGUGAUCAUUAUGUACCGCCAGAUUUCAUGAUCAAUAAGACUUGGCUUGACUUUCUUAAGAUAAUCAUUCUAGAGCAGUUAUACUGGCUUACGCUAAGCAUUGUUUACAUAACGGCUCAGACUGCGGCAAGUCUUUUCAACGCCGGCUUUCUUCUCGCGUGCUUCUUCUUCUUGUGGCAUGGACAGUCUCUGUAUCUUCGUCCGAAGCAUACCCUCAGGAAAUGGUGGAAGACGUUUUUGGGCUACAAUUUUCUGGUCAUUCUUUUGAAAGUCUGGCUCCAGGUGGCGUCGUGUGUUUAUAUAAAGCGAAUAAAGGAAACUGAAACGAUCGGAUGCGUGCUUAUUCAGCUACUCAAUCUUUACUGCCUCAGACAAGAUGAAUAUCUCUUUAAAGACAAAACCACCUUGGAUCCAUCUUGUUUAGCAGAAGCCAAUACUGGCCUAGCUGUUGAUGCAGUUUGCUUUAUUUUUGCGAUCAUCCAGUAUCGAAUCUUCAAAUCGAUUUAUUUCAAAUACGUCAUCAGAGAGCACAGAAAGCAAUCGGAUAUGGCAACCAGGGGUGCCCAGCUUGUUGAGCAAAGAUUGGAUGCACGGCUGCAAGAAUCCAAUGAAAAAGAUAAAAAGAAAAUGGAAGAAAUAAAAGCCAGCGUGGCUAAAUUGAAGCAGAAGCAGGAGAGAUUGAACCCCAAUCAAAAGGAGCCACUUUCUCAUUACGAAGCAAUUUACUCUGGCGAUUAUUACUGGUAUGAAAGUGACGAUGACGCUCAAAACGAACCUGAAAAUGUCAAAUCAGCGAGCCCUCCGCCUUGGGAGUCCCCACCAGCCUCCAUAUCGCGCCCUUCUUCUGCUUGCUCGCCACGUCCUGUCGCAAUGCUGUCUCCUGUUGCCACGCCACCGCCUGUUGCCACGCCACCGCCUGUUGCCCCGCCACCGCCUGACGAAUCAAGACCAUCUACUAGCUCCUCCAUAGUGGUGGAACCCGCUUCCUCCACAAGGUCUACGAAUCUGGACUCGCCCCAGUUGGUGAGACGUCGAAGAAAGCCAAAAGUAGAAAAUGAAUCGUCUAUAGGCUCAAGUGUUAGUCUCAUAGACUUGGACGAAGACGAACCUCAGACUAUAGGAGAGGCAGUUAAUGUUAUUGAUGAAAGUGAAGAAAAACAAAAAACUUGUAUGGACUCGAUGCGUGAGUUCGGAGUUAGUUGCAAAGAAUACUUUGAAGAAAUUGCUAAUAAUAUGAUUGAUUAUUUUAAUGAAAUUUCGGCUGAUUAUCGCGCCAUUGCUGAACAGCUUGAGAGAGAAUGGACGAUUAAAUACAAGGAAAAUAUCAGGAUUGUCCAUCAACGGCGUGACUCUAAAGAGCUUGGGGAGGGGAGCUCUACAACAGACCCGGAGAGGAUUGCAAAAUCGCCAAAGGUGAGUUCUGCAGGUAGCAGUUCCAUGAAUCAGGAUGAAGAUAGCGACACUUGGUCGUUCGUUACGUUUGAUGAAGAGCAAGAAGACGGGUGGCAGAAACAAGACUCGCUGGGUGUUCGGUUUUCUGUCGCUCUUUACUACGCCCUGCUUGCUAACACAGAUCUUCUUUGUUAUGCGUUGAUGAUUGUCAAUCAUAUGUACUAUGCAUCCAUGCUGUCGAUACCUUUGCCUUUCUUUGUUAUUUUAUGGGGAAUGCUGUCAAUACCAAGACCAACAAAACAAUUUUGGAUCACAAUCAUAACAUACGUGGAACUUGUGAUCGUUGUGAAGUAUGUUUUCCAGUUCCAGUUCUUUCGAUUCAAUGAUUGUUCAGAUAUCCAGUACCAUCCAGCUGAAAGAAACAAUCCGUUAUGCCCACCACGGAUUAUCGGCAUAGAGCGGGGUGCCAAUUCAACGAUAUGUGACUUGUUGCUUCUGCUUGGAUUGUUCUUUCAUAGAUUUGCAUUAAAGGCACAUGGUUUGUGGCGUGAGAAAUCGUGGAACGAAGAAGAAGAUGGAUUACAGCAACAUAACACGCCUACGUUUGAUGACACACAGACACUAGAGCCAAUCGCGGAGGACAACUUCAUAUCUGAAAGAGAUUUUAGACAGGGACAGGACACCUCUGAAAUCCAAUCGUCAGAAAGCACAAGAAGUUCAGAACGCAACCGAAAGAGCGUACUUGAAAACAUCAGAAGAUUCAUCGAAAGAAUGUUGGACCCAAGAGUCGGAACAGGCGCCGUCGAUGUCUACGCAUGGAUGUUUGGUUGCCAGUUCAUCGUCUUUCUGAUCAUCGCUUUCAGUUGGUCCGCAUUUUCGUCCCCAGAGUCUAGCAAACGAAAUUUUGCUCAAAUCAUUGAAGAGAAUGUGGUUCCGAGGACGUUUUUGUACAUGCUGCUAACACAGUUCCUACUCAUACUUUUGGAUCGGUAUCUUUACCUUCGCAAGCUGGUUUUCGUCAAACUCCUCUACCUUGCAUUUCUGGUCUUCGCAUUUCACAUAUUCAUGUUUUUGGCUGUUCCGCUAAUCACAACAAAAAAAUUCAUCGACAAUGUUCCAGCCAUUUUCAUGUACGUUUUCCAAUGCAUGUACUUCGGGCUUUCAGCAUACCAAGUAAGGUGUGGCUACCCUAUUAGAAUUCUUGGAAAUUUCUUGACCAAAAACUACACGGUGACCAGUGUUGUCCUUUUCCAAGGAAUCCAGUCAAUACCAUUUCUACUCGAGUUGCGAAGUGUUUUGGAUUGGGUGUGCACAGAUACAACGCUAAGCCUCAGUCAUUGGCUCAAAAUGGAGGAUAUUUAUGUCAACACUUAUAUUUUGAAAUGCUGGAGAGAUUCAGAGAAGACCUGGCCUCAUCCACGUGGAAUGAAGUACUGGGCCUCAAGCAAGAUUCUCCUUGGUGGCUUGUUAGUGUUCUUACUCAUCGUUGUCAUCUGGUUCCCAUUGCUCUUUAUGUCCUUCAUCAACUCAGCCUAUAUCAGUAAUAUUCCUGUAGAUGCAACCUUUACACUGAGUGUUGGUGGCUACCAGCCUUUGUUUAAGAUGAGUGCCCAGCAACAGUUUCUGCAUCGUUUAACAGACGCAGAUAUUGAAGAAAUAAGUUCAUCAACUGAACUUGAGAAGAGCAAGUACUGGUCCAAAGAAAAGGCCAAAGCGUUCAUUGAUGAUUAUAGAAAAAAAGGCAACAUCGUGCGGAUAAAAAUACUGAGUAAUUCAAAUUCUAUCUGGGCGAUAAGUCCACCCUCACGAGAGUUUUUAGUCAAAGAGCUGCAGUCGAACGCAAGUGUUAAUAUUCGUUUUAAGUACGAGUUUAACAGAGAGCCAAACACCUCGCAAGCAGCGCUCGUUCAAGAAACAGUUUCUGGAACUCAUGUCAUACCGCUCAAGCCUUAUGACAGAAUACGAAGGGAACUCCGAAAUAUUCUUCAAAGUAAUCAGGAUGGUGGAAAAUUAGUGAUAAAGAACCUGUUUCCUACCUUCAUCCAAGUGCCAGCCAGUGGCCCUGCGAAGCCUGUUGAGCAGCUAGGCCAAGGACAUUACGUCAAGUGUGUUCUGAAGCUGCGCAAGGGCCCCUUGCCUCAGGUCAAUUCAAGCCUCGUAGAAUGGUGGGAGAUUAUUCAGGAGACAAGUCCAGUCUAUCCGUCAAAAGACAGCCUGGAAAUUAUAACUUUCAACGAUCUGGUGCCACCACUUCAUCUUUCGUUCUUUGCAAGCAAAGGGAUUAUUGGCUUAUACGUUGGUUUUGUUUGGUUGAUUGGAAAAUUUGUACGAUUGUUUUUCACAUCUGUUUCUUACCGUAUCAUGUUUGACGAGAUGCCUAAUGUCAACAAAGUUCUCAAACUCUGCCUGGAGAUUUACAUGGUGCGAGAGAGCAAGGAACUAAAUCUGGAGGAAGAUCUCUUUGCCAAGCUUCUUUUCUUAUAUCGCUCACCAAUGACUUUGAUUAAAUGGACAAAAUACAAAAGGUUGUGAUAAAUUUCUAUCCUUUUUCAAAUGCAUGAUCAAAUAUCUUCGAACCAGAGUACAGAAAUUGUGGGGGUUCUCUUGGCAGGUUGUCGAAAGCAAAGGAAAAUCACGUCCCUCCCCCAAUUAUUUUCUAGGUGAGGACAAUCAGUUUUCUGUACUGUUGUGUGAUUCAAUUUUGAAUCAUUAAAUUAACGCAAAUUCCUUUUUUGCUGACAGCAUCCUUAAUUUAUGUUUUAUUUAAUGUUUACUGCAAAAAUUUCAUUUCUUUGCAUUUUUUGACACAACUAUUGCAUAUAUAUGUAGUAUCUGAAAUAUUUUUUUAUCAAAAAUAUUAAACACUGAAAUACUUUUCCGUACUCUGUGGUUCAUGAUUCAAAUGUGUAAUUUUUCUAAUAUAAAAUUUAUUAAUGUUUUAAUACUGUAUUUCUAGCGAUAUUUAGAAAUUUAAGUGGGACGGGACUAUUUAUGCAAGAUAUGGUACAAAAUUAGCUACAUAAGUAGAACUCUUAAUUGAUAUGAUAAAAAAUUGUUGUUAUUGUGUUCUUAUAUGUUUCUUGUUUCUAAAACUUUGUUGUUUAAUGUAUGCAUCUUUAUUUGGUUGUUGUUAUCAGUUCGCAAGGUUGUGUUUUAAUUUCAAUUCUAGUUGUGGAAUUUUAAAUAGAUAAACUAUUUGUAUGGAUAGACAACUUUACAAGUCCUUUUGGCAUUUAUGUAACAUCAGUUCGAUUUUCGCAUCCCACCAUUCGAUUUUCAUAUCAGCAAAAUUUGUCGUAUGCAUUUAAAUCCAUUACAAAUUUGUAUUUGAAACAUUAGUUAAUCGAUAGUCUUUGUUGAACCUAUAGUUAAAUCUUUGUUGUUAAUCGAAAAAAAUUCUCAUGCUGUGUGUGUUAAAAUGAUAUUUUUUAGAAUAUUUGAUAUUGUGAAGAAUCUGUUAAUUUUAAAUUUACGGUGGAAUAUAAAUUUCUAAUCAAUAUAUUUUACUGCUGA